CAGAUCACCUGAUUAUUCAGUAUGGCUCGUGCUCUGCUGCUGUGGUUCUUCUUCACGCUGUCUGGUGUUUUUGCUGGUCGUUUUUUUAACCACGAUAAGCCCUGUUACAAGCCUUUACCACACAGAGAAAAACUCGGCUUCAAGACGGGCCCUCGUCCUCAUGAGUACCUGAAUGUUGCAGAGCUGCCUAAAGCCUGGGACUGGAGGAACGUCAAAGGCACCAACUUCGUCAGCACUACUCGUAAUCAGCACAUCCCUCAGUACUGCGGCUCGUGCUGGGCUCACGGCAGCACCAGUGCACUAGCAGAUCGGAUCAACAUUAAGAGGAAGGCAGCGUGGCCGUCUGCGUACCUCUCUGUUCAGCACAUCAUCGACUGCGCAGACGCCGGGUCCUGUGAGGGGGGGGAUCACUCUGGAGUCUGGGAUUAUGCUAACACUCACGGCGUCCCUGACGAGACCUGCAACAACUACCAGGCCAAAGAUCAGGACUGUUUACCCUUUAACGCGUGUGGGACGUGCACCACAUUCGGUCAGUGUAAUGUGGUGAAGAACUACACUCUAUGGAAGGUGGGGGAUUACGGGAGAGUCAGUGGUCUGGAGAAGAUGAAAGCUGAGAUCUACGCUGGAGGACCAAUCAGCUGUGGUAUCAUGGCGACUCCUAAGCUGGAUGCCUACACUGGUGGUGUGUACUCGGAGUACGUGGAGGAUCCUGGGAUUAACCACAUCGUGUCGGUGGCCGGCUGGGGUGUGGAUGAGAACGGGGUGGAGUUCUGGGUGGUGAGGAACUCUUGGGGAGAGCCGUGGGGGGAGAAGGGCUGGCUGAGGAUCGUCACCAGUGCGUAUAAAGGAGGCAGUGGGAGUCAGUAUAACCUGGCUCUAGAGGAGGACUGCAUGUACGGAGAUCCAAUCAUUACUUCAGACCACAUGUAAAACAUGAAGCUAAUUUAGAGAACGUUCACACAGCAGACAUGAGGAAGUGCUCCAAAUUCUGUUCACCUGUUCACUAAAAUUAGUAAACUAUUAGCUCGAACAGAGACUAAUGUAUUUCUAAAUAAUCAUAUAAUUACUCAACAACACACACUGCAGGUAAUAAUCUGAUGAUGAGUUUAGCAUUUUGUAAUUACCGUUUUAAUUUUAUAAACUUUUUAACUGAACCAGAGUGAAUGCAGGUCUGAGUUAUGAGUUCAGUUUCACUCUUGUGACAUCUAAUGAGCAGGACCUUACCUACAUUUUAAUCCUGAUGAAGUGGAAACUGUGGAAAGGGUGUAUUUAGGAAUGGGCAGCAGCCUCAGCCAUUCUCUACAACAUGACCAGAAACCAUUUAACGCUGCUAUUCAUCUUUCAUUAAUGUCUAAUUAAUGAAUUCAGAACUGUGAUAAUGGUCUAUUAUCUAAAGGAAAAGUGGGGCUAGGCAUUAUGAGGUGUAGACUCUUAGUCUCUGCCCUUCCUGUCAAGAUAGAAAGACUAAACACAGAGACAGAGAAGAGAUUUCAUCUUUUUAAUCAACACAUUUACUCAAUUCAGAAUAUUUCACUUUUUCUUUCUUGUCUGUUCUUUUCCUGUCUUUUUGUAUGGAUGCUAAAUGUAUUUUUUCUGAAUAAAUCUGAAAACAGCAACUGGA